AUCUCCAGAGUUUCUACGGGUCUCCGGGGGGUCCCAGGGGUCCCAUGGGUCUCUGGUGUUCCUACAGGUCUCUGGGGGGUCCCAUGGGUCUCCAGGGAUCCCACGGGUCUCUGGUAGUCUCACAGAUCUCUGGGGUUCCCACGGUUCUCUGAAGUUCCCACAGGUCUCCGGGAAUCCCAUGGGUCUCCAGGGAUCCUGCGGGUCUCUGGAGCCUGCCAUAGGAUGGUGUUCCCACCAUGCCACCCCCCCAUCUGCGAACAUGGUGGCCACCGGCACAGGUCCCCCAUGGGCAUCGCUUGUCCCAUCCCACCUGGGCCACGUUCCGAGGUGUCCGCCAUUUCCCACGGCAGGGUGUGCAGGUGGACGCCAAGGGCCAUGUGGUGGUGGAUGAGUACCAGAACACCACCAGGAAAGGGAUCUACGCCGUCGGGGACGUCUGCGGGAGAGCCCUCCUCACCCCAGUGGCCAUCGCGGCCGGCAGAAAGCUGGCCCACAGGCUCUUCGAGGAGAAGCAGGAGUCCCGGCUGGACUACCGGGACAUCCCCACCGUCGUCUUCAGCCACCCGCCCAUCGGCACCGUGGGCCUCACGGAAGAGGAGGCCGUGGCCACGCACGGCAAGGAGAACGUGAAGAUCUACAGCACGUCCUUCACCCCCUUGUACCACGCCGUCACCCAGAGGAAGGGGAAGUGUGUCAUGAAGCUGGUGUGCGCUGGCAAGGAGGAGAAGGUGGUGGGAUUGCACAUGCAAGGGCUGGGCUGCGACGAAAUGCUGCAGGGCUUCGCCGUGGCCAUCAAAAUGGGGGCCACCAAGGCCGACCUGGACAACACCGUGGCCAUUCACCCCACUUCUGCCGAAGAGCUGGUGACGCUGCGCUGAGGCGGUGGGCGCUGGCCGCCCCAGGGACGGCAGCUGCAGCUGGGGAAACCUUUUUAGAUGUCUUAAAAAAAAAUGCCUUAACGUCAGGCGGUUGCCUGGAGAGCGUGUCAGAAUCCGUGUGGCUUGCUUUGGAGUGGAAAAUAAAUACGGCGAUGCUGGCAAACA